UUGGUGAAGAGUUCCUCUCUCUCCCUCUCUGAUUUCAUUCUCUGCUCUGCGGCCCGGGGCUGCAGUCAUGGCUGAUAAAGGGCUGGAUGAACGCUCUCCGCUGCUCUCAGGAAAUAACUCUGGCAAUGUCACUCCUACAACGCCUCUGUACGUCGAGGAACCUAGUCCUCGGGGAGAGCUCCCACCUCCUUACAGCCCAGUGGCUAGUCCUGACGUUGGAGGAGUGCCAGUAAUAAACUGUCGUGUGUGCCAAUCCCUGAUUAACUUGGAGGGCAAGCUCCACCAGCAUGUUGUUAAAUGCACCAUUUGUAAUGAAGCCACGCCAAUCAAAAAUCCUCCAGCAGGAAAGAAGUACGUACGAUGUCCUUGCAAUUGUCUCCUUAUUUGUAAGGACACAUCACGACGCAUUGGGUGUCCAAGGCCUAACUGUAGACGCAUAAUUAAUUUGGGUCCAGUGAUGCUGAUCCCAGAGGAACAACCUGCUCAGCCUGCCUUACCAGUACAACCGGAAGGUACACGUGUAGUGUGUGGACAUUGUGGGAAUACCUUUCUGUGGAUGGAAGUUAGGUUCAACACUCUGGCAAAAUGCCCACACUGCAAAAGAAUAUCAUCUGUUGGCAGUGCAUUGCCUCGAAGGCGUUGCUGUGCAUAUGUUACUGUUGGAAUGAUAUGUGUUUUCAUUGGAGUUGGUUUAACUGUUGGGACCCAAGAAUUUGCCAGGCGUUAUACUGCAACGUACGUUUCCUGGAUUUUUGCUUAUCUCCUAGGUUUGAUCUGUCUAAUCCGAGCUUGUUAUUGGGGAGCCAUAAAAGUUAGCUAUCCUGAGCACACCUUUGCAUAGACCAAUCAGAUGACUCAUUACAAACUAUACAAUAGUCUACAAAAUCUUUAAUUCCAAGCAAAUGGACAUUUUGAGUUCGUGUAUAUCUACUUCAUAAACUUACUAGGCCUAAAGAGGGCAAUGGUGUUAGAACAUGUGCAUAUUGCACUAUGAUUUUAGCAAGUAGACAGUUUGUUGCAUCCAGCUUGCUAUGUUUUUAAAAUACAUACUGAAUUUAAUUUGUUUGUAGUAUACACCUCAAUUUGUCUUUGUUAUACUUUUGUUGAAAUUUGUUAAAACAAAUCUUUUAACGGCUUUUGGUUUUUCUGGUGACAGUGAUAUUUUUAAUGUUUACUGAUGCCACUCUUAAUCUUUCAAACUGCAACAGAGAAGCAUCAUAAUAAACAGUUUGGCUUUGUACAUUUCAAGGUACUUCUACACAGGCUUGAUGCUUAAAUUGCUCCUGUAGUUCUGAACAUUCUGGACAAAACUGCAUCAUAGUUGAGAAAUAAAAAUAAGCUCUGUAUGUAAUAUUUUGAAUACUUCCAUAAUUUUAAGUAUUUGCUUUUUAGAGUAUAAAGCUUUUUAAAAUGCCUGUAAUGAGAUUGUCAAAGCAUUAUAGUGAAAACAGUAAGUGAUGCUUUACAUAUUGGAUCAUAUUAAUCUUAUUGUGUAACAAUCUAUAAUAUAACCAUUUGACAGACAUCUAUUUGGGGAAACAUCAGAAGUUAGUUUUUGCUAAUAUUGUAAUAGGAUUAUGUAAUUUAAGAAGAAACACAAACCUCAAUUGUUGAAUGUGAUGUCAAAAUUUGUACCAAAUUAACCACCAAUCUAUUAACAACUUUGCUUUUGCUGAACUGGAUGCAGUCUUUUUUUUAAUAAUGUGAUAAAAAUUACUCUAUAAAUAAAAUAAACAUUUGUUCACUA